CAGUAACUUCAGCAACAAAGGUGGCGGUUCGUUGAAGUUUGGUCAAUCACAGAGUCAAGCUAAAGCGGCGUCAUGAUCCAGACCGUCGGAUGAAUUAGCGACGACAUCACAUGGAACGCUAUAUAACCUGUUUGACCUAUAUCAUAGGCAUACGUAUAUGUAACCCUCUCCGUCCACAUAUCCCGGAAUUUCCCGCGAUAGGCGCCCCGAUGAGCCACGACGAAUAGCAAAGAAUAUGACGUUGCUAAGACACGUCUAGAAUAUCAUCUGGAGCAACAGGGGUCUUAGAUUAUGUGAAGCUUCGUGGAAGAUGAAUUUAGACGGAAACUAUUUGCAAAGGCUCUUUGUCCCAAAUUCUUGGCUCGACAAUACUCGAUUAUCGCUACGGAGCUGAGAGCUGAGAAACACCUAGAUUACCCCCGUUAGGCAAUUACUGCCUGACGGCUAGGCAUCAGACUGCAAAAUAUGGGGGCUAGAAUCCUUCAGCCUGCCUAAAUAGAUACCUCAAGCUGCCCGCGCUAUGCAUCACCCGCACCUAGAUGUAUCAUUUCGACGAGACUAUCGUUUUUACACAUCUUUAGCCUGGCUAUCGUUCCAUCUCACGUCAGAACGAUGUCUGGCAUCGUUUCCCUUCAAGCUGACAUUGGGAACAUUCCUUCGGGAGCUGUGGAGUUCCUUAGGUCUAUUGCUCCUAUUAUGAGAUCCCUGACAGCUGACAAUGUGAGCCCCCUUGCGGUUAUCCAAAUAGAGGAUAUUGGCCGAUGCUUUCAAACUAGCGGUCCCUUGGCAGAUCGAACUCGGGAUACCCUAACGAGGAGCGGCUCAAUAAGACUUAGAAGGCUUCAGGUCUCGAUAGGAUGGAUGGCAGGGAAUACUGCUGCGGCUCUGUCCCAGACCACGGGCGGGCAGGCUGCCACACUCCUGAUUCUUUGCCUGGUGGAGAUGUUUUGCCGAAACUCCACGGGUCAUCUGCUAUUCGAACUUUCCAUGAAGAUAUUACCUCCGGAUCAAUGUCGAGCAAGUAUGGCGCACCUUUCGGACCUUGCAGAAAUCAUCUCCAACAAGCUGCAGCCACUCGGAUUUGGGCAACACCAUGCGAUUCAACUUACUCGAAUUAGAGAAGUGUAUCUUAAUUCCGGCAUUGAGAUACCGCCUUCUACUAUGGAAUCAUUUCUAGAAAGGCUAAGCAUCGAAUCUAUGGUGGAGCUAUUGAAUGCCGUACAGCAAGCACUUCGAGAUGAGACCACCAUGGUGCAUAUUGAGGGAUUUCAGGGGCUUGGUGGCAUUAUUGCACUCCUCACGGCUCUAUGCCCUGACGAUAUCCUCUUACUGGUGGAAAAUGGCAUCCUGUUCAAGGGCCCGAGAAAGUCCAUCAUGAUUUCAGUUAUGCACCAGAAGAGAACUACAAUAUCUGUGGAAAAGCUCGCGCUGAGGCAGCUACCCCUUACUUUCCGCAACAGCGAGUUUCUAUCGCAACCAGGAAGGCUUUCUUCUUACGAGCACUGUACCGUGAAGGUCAAAGGCUGCCUAGCUAGGAUGGUAGAACAGCUUUUCAUCCCCAUAACCUUUCGGUCUGUGAGAGGGAUAGUCACUAGUUUCACUGAUCUCAUUGGAGCAAUGGUAUUUUCAUUCAUCGGGACUGAAUUUGGUUCAAACGCUCACUUCCGCCGUGAUGGCCUCCAUUCGCUUCUUGGACCUCAUUUUCAUGAAACUAUUCGUGGCAAGUUGGGUCUCUUCUUCGAAGUCGAACCAUCCCUUGACAACCCUGAUCCGGCCCUAAAAUACGAAGCGUUACGAAAAUCCAUAGCUAGUGUCAUCUCGAGCUCCUCCUGCGUUUGUUCCCAGUGUGUCUGUACGCAUAACUGGGCUGAUAUGUCAUCCAGGAGGUGUCGCUGUCCGCUUUACAGUAUAUGGGGCGGCCUACAAACACUAGUUGGCCAAGCUGUUCUGCUAAGCCUGGUUGACACGGACCUAGACAUGAUAAAAAUUGUUCAGAGUUCUCAAAACCAAAUGGGUCGACAUCUAUGCCGUCGCCUCAUGCAUCAUGUUCUUCCCUCCGAUGACUCCCUACUCGACCAACAAGAAGGUAAAGGGGGCGAAGAAAUAUAUUCCACUCACAACCUUCACACCGAUCUAUGUGGGCUGUUUGGAUCUAUACCCUCAAAUGCUGGCGGUGGGCAAAAUAUCUUGGGGACAAGCAACGGUGCAACAUCAAUCUUCCCAUCCACUCUGAAUACGGCAUUUCCCAAUGAGGAGCGUAUCAUUCGGUACAUUCUUGUGGAUGGCCAGUUUCAUGAUGGCCAUAAUUAUUACACAGCUCCGAUUGAGGAUGAACAUGUUCUUCCGCGCCCCUUGGCUGAAGACUCCAUCCUCCAAUCCACGAACACGAUCCCCCUAUCCCAGGCAGGAACUCAUUCACAAACUACCUUAUCGCUACGGCCAUACCAUAACUCGUUAUCAGUACGAUUCAUAGCACUUUUUACAUCCAAGGUGGUAAACAUUUGUUUCUACGCUACACAUCUGGCUUACAUGGCUGCUUCAAUUGCCCCUCCUUGCGACCACGAUGCUGAUGCCUCAACCACUACUCACGACAAAGAUUCCAUUUUAACAACAGGUGUCGAUUCUCCUGUUGCUAGCGGUGAUCGGAUGUCAAUAGUAUUGACGCAUGGCAACCAUGAAGCGCAGUUUCUAGCCGCAGUACUGGGCAUUCCUACACUGUAUCAAGGCGCUAGCUGCCUGGAUUGCAUGAUAAAAUUCGCACAGACUGAAGGAUUUCGAUUAUUGAUCCAAAAUUAGCCACGGCCUGGCAUAGGAUCUGGAGACGAGCUUUCGGGUCCUGUUAGUAAUAGCCAGGAGACAGUACAAACUAUUCUCAGGAUCUACGUAACACUUCACCUAAAUAGGUACAUUCUAGAAAUUGGUUAUGAUUAAUGUCAGGGUAUCAGUGGGUAGUGGUAGUUACAGGGGUCUAUCUACUAUAUAAGGGGCGCACAGCGCCCUCAUAAGAAGACAGAAGGCCAGGCGUCACACUAGAUCAAUACAAUACAUUACUUAGUCUACCUACCCUAGACACACACUCUGUGUAUGACAUCAAUCAAAGGGCAUAAAUCCUGACAACUAAGAUGUGAGGCGUGAUACG